UUCUUCCUUUCUCGACUGAGUUGGCAGGCACGGGGCGCACGCAAGGACGGUAAAGUUACAGUCCACCGUAUUUGAAUUGGGAUCAUGGCCCCCAGCACGCAGCUAAACGAAGCUGUGUCCGACGUCCGGAAGGGUAUCCGAGCCAUUCUGCUCGGGCCGCCGGGCGCUGGCAAAGGCACACAGGCUCCUCGCUUGGCGGAGAAGUACUGCGUGUGUCACUUGGCCACAGGGGAUAUGCUCCGUGCCAUGGUGGCGUCCGGUUCUGAGCUCGGACAGCGCCUGAAGCAGACCAUGGACUCUGGGAAGCUGGUCAGUGACGAGAUGGUGGUGGAGCUCAUUGAGAAGAAUCUGGAUACGCCCCCCUGUAAGAACGGCUUUCUGUUGGACGGCUUCCCCCGCACUGUCAAGCAGGCCGAGAUGCUGGAUAACUUGUUGGAGAAACGCACAGAGAAACUGGAUUCAGUCAUUGAGUUCUCUGUGGACGACUCGCUGCUGGUUCGCCGCGUCUGUGGCAGGCUGAUCCAUCAGCCCAGUGGCCGCUCCUACCAUGAGGAGUUCAACCCACCCAAAGAGCCCAUGAAGGAUGAUGUGACAGGCGAGCCCCUGUCCCGCCGUAGUGACGACAACGCGACGACGCUGCGUUCCCGACUGGAGGCGUACCACCGGCAGACGGCGCCGCUGGUCCAGUACUACGCCGCCCGUGGCCUCCACCGAGCCAUCGACGCCGCGCAGUCCCCUGACCUCGUCUUCGCCUCCAUUCUCGCCGCCUUCUCAGCCACCUCUCCCUGUAAAGACCGUGUGAUCUUCAUCUAACGCCGUCCGUCCGUCUGUCUGUUGCAUGUCUGUCCACCUUGUUCUCUCCAUCUGAUGUGCAUGCCCAGCUGUUUGUCAGGUUUAUUAGUCUCACUACUGACCGUGUAUCUCCGUCCUAGUCUGCACCCAUCUUCUUCUUUCGGUGGUUCGUCUCUGUGUUUGUGUUCGGUAUUUUUCUGUCCUCGAUAAAAUCCACCUAAAACUUCACCUAACUCUUGCUCUUACUCACUGACAGUUUGACUGUAUGUGUCUAAUGCUUAAUGCGGUCGGUUUGACCAAAACUAGACUUAAAUAUAAUGUGCAUCAGUUGCAGGCUUAUUUAAUUUUAUAUUUUUAUCAUCUUUAAUUCUGUAGAAAUUAUAGAUUUGCAUUUACUCGGGUCAGUUAUACAGAUGUGUAUUUCCAUGAAAUGCACUCGUUUCAGUGUUCAGAUAUAGGGUUAGAUAUAAAAGUCAGCCACCUUCAGGCUGUCAGGGCAUACCUAAGCCAUACCAUAUUUUUUUUUUUUAAAAAGUUGUGUUAAUAUUAUGAAUGUAAAAGUGUGUGGUCUAGAUAUGAGCACACUGACCCACAGUGAUCAGCAGUGUUAGAUGUGCCUAUUUGGGCACAGAUGUUAGUGCUCAGUUUAUGUAAGUUCUGUUCAGGCCGGUGUAUUCUAAAUGCUAAAUACAGGGGUUGCCUCUGAAUGAAUGUCUGUCAUGUCUCGUCUGUUGCUGUCUGAAG